UCACUUGUUCUUUUUCGCCAUUUUGUAAUCGCACCAAGUCGAACAUGACGUGAACGCAACCAGUGUCACCGCGUUCACUUCAAACCGAACAUGUUUUAGCGUCCAAUAGAAUGAAUGUACCCAUAGCACCCAUAGUUUCCUUGCGCGACGGUGUCAUAUGCGAAUUGGGGGGAUUGGCGAUGGUACGGAGUACGGAAGCAGGAGCCCUCCUCGUGAUACACACGUUCGUGUUCAGUGAAACAUAGAAUAGUGAUGUAUUUGGACAGAUAAAAAGUAAAGAGCACGGAAUGUUUCAACGAGCAUCAUACGGAUCGUAGAAAAUUUUGGCCAUCGAUCCACACGCAGAUUUAAAAUUGUGCAACGUUCAGUUGCACAAUUUUACAGUGUUACUGCGUAUAUAAAAAUAAAUUGUCAAGAAUUGAGUUUUAGGUUAAGCGGUUUAGUGUUUACGAGUUUCUACAAAACUUUGAAACAACAAUGUCUGAGCGUAAAGUAUUAAAUAAAUAUUAUCCUCCGGAUUUUGAUCCGUCGAAAAUCCCUCGUAUGAAACUAGCCCGCAACCGUCAGUACACGGUACGGUUGAUGGCACCUUUCAAUAUGCGUUGCAAAACCUGUGGAGAAUACAUCUACAAAGGGAAGAAAUUCAAUGCCCGAAAAGAAGAUGUAGAAGGAGACGAUUAUCUCGGUAUACGAAUAUACCGAUUCUACAUAAAGUGCACAAGAUGUCUACAAGAAAUAUCUUUCAAAACUGAUCCAAAAAACACAGAUUAUGAAAUAGAAGCUGGAGCAACACGUAAUUUUAUGGCAUUAAAACUGGCAGAGGAACAAGCCCAGAGGGAAGAGGAUGAAGAAAAAGAAGAAGAAGCAACAAAUCCAAUGAAGCUGUUGGAAAAAAGGACACAGCAGUCGAAACAAGAGUUGGAACUGCUAGAAUCUUUGGAGGAGCUGAAAGAUCUCAACAGACGUCAACAAACUAUUGACUAUGAGCAGAUGUUAGCCCAAUAUGACAACGAAGCGGAACGACAACGAGCCAUCGAUCAACAAGAAAAACUUGACGAAGCUUAUGUCGAAUCCGUAUUUCGUGCCAAACGAGCAACCGGAACCAUCGUUGAGGAAGAAAUUGUUCCAUUACCCAACGAUGAAUGGUCUCAACCACCCUCUAAGUUAAUUAAAAUUAGUGACGGAAAUAACAGCUCUAAAUCUAUUGGAUCCUGUGAAGCGAAAACUUCUACCUCAAUUUCUAAAGAACAUGAGAAGGCGGUGACGAAAAAAACUUCAAGCACUCCUUCUUUGCGCUCGAGUUUUAGUAGCUUAGUCAAACCAAAAAACCCGGUUUCCAAAAGCGAAUCAAUGGUCAAUACUGUUCAUACCAAAGUCAGUAACGAAUCAAGUUCUUCCACACUGACGGUUGAUGAUGCUGCAAGCAAUAAUAAGCCCAAGGACACAGCGACAACGAAAAUUAUGGGCGAUGUCGAGGAAGAAAAAAAAGUUAACGGUUUGUCGUUACUCUGUUCGUAUUCGAAUAGCAGUGAUAAUGACAGUGAUUGAGGACAGUGAAAUUUCUAAAAUAAUUAUUUAAUGAUAUAUUCUAUUUUGAAAGCCGAACAAUAAUGUUUUACACGUACACGGUGAAUGAAAAUUUUCAUUCCGGAAUUUUUCUACACAACAGAAUCUGACAACAAUGUAAAAAAAUUAAGCCACUUCUCAUAAUUUCGAAAUGUCUCAUAAUUUCAAAUGAAAUUAUACAAAUCAAACUUGUCAUCAAUUAUUGAAUAAUGACGUUGUUUUAGAAAUUUAUUUCGGUUCAUUGCAUUCCCACAACACAGAAGUGGUUCAAUUUCCAUUAGAUUUCGAUCAAGACCCUAAGCCUUCAAAAUUCUAAUCCAUCAUCGUCACAUAACUCACGUGUAGAACAUUACUUGCAGGAUAUUUCUAAAAAAAUGUUCCCUUGUAGACUAAUAUCCGUGGUCACAAGUCAAUGUCGAUAAUUCAAAUACAGGGAAUUUUCCGUUGAUGCUAAAAACAUUUCAAAAUACAAUCUCGAUUUUGUAUCACAAACAAAAGAAUUAUUUUCUUUCUAAUCAAUCCAGAAUGCACGUUGAAUCGGAUUCAUAAUGAGUAAAAAAAUACGAAAUAAUAAAAUUAUCGUAAAAUUUUCUGUAACCAUGGAUAUUCAAGAAAAUGAAGUCAAUGAUUUAUCAGCGAAUUCUAUGUAUAUAGUUUGAGUAAGAAAAGAUAGUGAAAUUUAUUUGAACGGCUAUUAAGCGAAUGAUUAAACAACACAGUUGCUCGGGAAGAGACGAUCUCUGAAGUUUUUUUUUCACAAGAAAUCAGAAUAGAACAGAUUUUCCGUUUAGGACGAAUGCACGUGUUGAAAAUGAAGAUUGACCAAUUUUUUGUUUGAUUUUUAUGAUUUUUAGAAACAAAAAUUGAGGAAUCUAUCGAAUAUUUUCCAUCAUUGUAAAUAAAUGAAUAAAUGUAAAUGAUUAAUGAAUUUUUAAAUAACGUUUCAUUGUAAAAUAAUAAAGUCGAUACAAAAAUACAUAAUUUAUAAAACACAGUUGGAUUUGUGCGAGGUUUGUAAUUAGUAGAAUCAGUCGUUCUCGAGUAUCCACACGAUGGUAAAUUUGAAGACAACGCACUUCAUGUAUAUACAGAUGAAUAUUUAUAGACCGCACGGACGAGGGGAACCACGAAAGUGUCGAUUUUAUAAUUCGAUGGUUCGCAAAUUGGCGAUAGAAAGAUAUUUGCAAAAACGUGUACCAAUUGUUAAGGGCUCGGAUCUACGAUUGUUUGGAUCGCUGAGGAGGAUUAAAAACAUUCCUUACAGGAUGCUGAGCCAGCCCCUACUCCUAGAACACAAAAGAGAGACAGAAUCGUCAACAACACAAGAUAUACAAACGUAAGAUGGAGUAGGUCUGUUUCAACGGCUAGGCACUCCUGUAAGGAAAAUCUUUCUUGUGAAGUUUCAAGUUACAUGCGAAGCUGACGAUCACCAUACGGCUGGGAGUACCUAGCCUGUUUGAGCAGACCAUACGGAUAAUUAAUAAAUUACACCGAAAGUA